GCCAGAAGCAAAGGGGGUAAAUGUCAUUGUUACUUUUUCGAUUUUUCUCGUUCAGACAAAUCAAUAAUUCAUAAAAAAAUUUGGUACAAAACUAAAAAACGCAAAUUCUUCUUAAUAGAAACAAAUUAAAAAAAAAUAGUUUAGCUUAAACAUGAGUAAUCUUAUCCGGAUGGAGUAUAAUAUAUAGUAAAUAAAAAUAAUUGUUCCCAACCCGUUAAAAUCUGAUCCGAAGCUCAAAGCUCCAAAAUCCAAAAUCAACAAACAGCAAAAUUUCCAGAUGACAACCCGAUUGUUCGAUUUUGUUCUACUCCUCCUCUCCUCCACCAUCGUCCAAUCACACUCCUCCACGUCACCAAACAACCUCCUCCCCCAACCAACCCUCACGCUCUCCGUCACCGAUCACGGUGCCGUCGGCGACGGCCUCCGCUACGACACCCUUCCCAUCCAAUCCACAAUCGACGCCUGCUCCGCCUCCGCCGCCUGCCGCGUGGUAUUCCCACCGGGGACUUACCUAACCGCAACGGUCUUUCUGAAGUCAGGCGUGGUUUUGGACAUCCAGAAGGGGGCGAAGAUACUGGGCGGGACCAAGUUGGAAGACUAUCCGUUGGAGCAGAGCAGGUGGUACGUGGUGGUGGCGGAGGACGCGGCGGAGGUGGGGAUAACGGGCGGAGGGGUGAUCGAUGGACAGGGGCUGGAGUUCGUGGAGAGGUUCGAUGUGAGGAAGAAUGUGAUGGUGAGUUGGAAUCGGACGGGGGCGUGUUUCGACGACGAGUGUAGGCCAAGACUCGUUGGGUUUUUGAGGUGUCGGGAUGUUAGGGUUUGGAACGUCAGCUUGACUCAGCCGGCCUACUGGUGCUUGCACAUAGUAAAGUGUGAAAACACAUCCAUUCAUGAUGUAUCAAUCUACGGAGAUUUUGAUACACCUAACAACGACGGGAUAGAUAUAGAGGAUUCAAAUAACACAGUCAUCACAAGAUGCAACAUCAAUACAGGAGAUGAUGCGAUAUGCCCGAAGACUUCUACUGCCCCUCUCUAUAACCUAACGGCAACAAAUUGUUGGAUCAGAACUAAAUCUUCAGCGAUCAAGCUUGGUAGCGCUAGUUGGUUUGAAUUCAAGGGCUUGGUUUUUGAUAACAUCACCAUUGUAGAUUCUCAUCGGGGGCUUGGACUGCAGAUUCGUGAUGGAGGAAAUGUAAGUGACAUUACCUUCUCAAACAUUAAUAUCACCACAAGAUACUACGAUCCCUCGUGGUGGGGCAGAGCGGAGCCUAUUUAUGUAACAACCUGCCCUAGACACGAAGGCUAUACAGCAGGUUCAAUCUCAAAUGUGCAGUUCAUAAACAUCACAGCAAUAUCAGAAAACGGUGUCCUUCUAUCCGGAUCAAGAGGGGGGCCUUUACGCAAUUUGAGAUUCUUUAACGUUGAUCUCACCUACACAAGAUGGACAAAUUAUGACGAUGGAUUUGUAGAUUAUAGGCCGGGAUGCCAAGAACUCGUUAAUCAUAGCACUGCAGGGAUGAUAAUGGAGCAUAUCCAGGGUUUGGUGGUUGAAAAUGUUGCUAUGAGAUGGUCCGAGGACCACUCGGGGCGGUGGAAUAAUCCUCUGGAUUUCAGGCCUUCUACUGUAAAUAACAUUUCUUUGCUUAAUUUCCACUCUGGCCUGACAGUAGAGGAUUUCUCAAACUUGGGAAAUGAAAGUGGUUCGAUGGGAAAUGAAUUUUGAGUUCAGCUGGAGAUUUUCCCUGGAUUGUGGAGAUGAAUCUAAGCAAGUUGUUGUUAGUUAGUACACAGGAUGGAGCUUAUGUUGAAUAUCAAUAAAAUGCCUUAUUCUUCUA